GCAUCAGUGAGAAGACACACGCCUCUUUGGCAAUCCUAUUUAGAAACGACCUCCACACCUUGACAAUUCGCUUAAUUAGGCGUCCACACUUUGAAAAAAGGGGAGGGCUAAUUGCGCACUUCUGCUCGAGACUACAAGUUGAACGAUCAAGCAAUAGCACGGUGCCUGCGUCGGGUUAAAAUGGCCAGAAGGAAAGACAGACUGUGCUUGUGUAUCAGUAUUCCGGUGAUAUGUGUAAUUAUCAUCAUUAUUAUCUUCGUGGCUUACUUUAAGGAGGGGUGUUCCGGCGGAGCUUUCCUAAAUGCAGCAGUGGCGGCUGACUCGGAAACCUGUUCAAAGAUCGGCCGAGACAUACUGCAGUCGGGUGGGUCAGCGGUAGAUGGAGCUAUUGCUACUUUAGUGUGCACGACAAUCAUACACCCCCAGAGUAUGGGGAUUGGAGGAGGCUCUAUAUUCACAAUACUGGAAAAAAGUGGUAAAGUGAGAAUCAUCAAUGCUAGAGAGACUGUUCCAAAGUUUUUUAAAGCAGAUCUUCUUGCAGACUGUCCAACAACAUUCCAGCCAAUGGAAGGUGCUCAAUGGAUUGGUGUCCCAGGUGAUAUCCGUGGCUAUGAGCGAGCUCAUAAACUGUAUGGACGUCUGCCUUGGGCCAUUUUAUUUCAACCCACUAUCAAGAUGGCUAGAAAGGGCAUCCCUAUUCCUUAUGUGCUCUCUCGAUUUUUACCAUUCUUAAAGAAGCAAAAAGAAUCACCACUACGUCAGUUUUACCAGAAUGAACAAGGGGAGAUGUUAAAAGAGGGGGACAUAGUUAAAUUUGAGAAGCUAGCAGAUACUCUUGAGAAAAUUGCAAAACAGGGCGCAGAUGCAUUCUACACUGGAGACAUUGGCAAAGACCUAGUCAAUGAUAUACAAGAAGCAGGUGGAACAAUUUCUCUGGAGGACCUGAGUUCGUUCAAAGUAACCGAAUCAGAUGCCUGGGUUGUGAAUCUUGGAAAGUAUGACAUGUACUUUCCCCCACCACCAGCAGGGGGUGCUACACUUAGCUUCAUAUUUAACACAAUGCUAGGUUAUAACCUAAGCCACAAAUCUCUGCAAGGGAAGGAGAAAGCUUUAACAUUCCAGCGAUAUGUAGAAACCUGCAAAUUUGCUAAUGGUCUCAAGAGAUUCAUGAGAGAUCCCAACUUUGCUUCUCAAACGGAGGCAGUUGAGAUCAUUCAGAAGCAUUUUGCUGAGAAAGUGAGAGCAAAAAUCAGCCCAGACCGCACAUAUGAUGUUAGUUACUACAACGUCACUCCAUACCUGGACUCACAUGGCACCACUCACGUGUCCGUGCUCGCUGAAGAUGGAAUGGCUGUGUCUGUGACCAGCACCAUCAAUCACAUAUUUGGAUCCAGGAUUUACUCGUCUAGAACAGGCAUCCUCCUCAACAAUGAACUUGCAGACUUCUGUGGGAAAACAAAUAAAGUUCAUGCUGGCGAGCAGCCUCCUUCCUCCAUGUCUCCAGUGAUCCUCCACUCCCCAUCUGAGAAACACACAGUGGUCAUUGGAGCGUCAGGCGGUAGCAUGAUCACCACUGGCAUGGCACUGACCCUGUUGAACUUCCUGUGGUUCGGGAAGACUCUGAAAGAUUCCAUCGAAGCCCCUGUGGUGUAUGUGGACUCCAAAAAUGUUCUCAACUUUGAGCCCUUGUUUGACAAGGAUGUUGUAGAGUCACUUAACAAGAGUGGGCACCAAAUUAAAGCUCCACUCAUGUUCUAUAAUGUGGUUAAUGCAGUAUCAAAGAUAAACAACUGCAUUGAGGCCGUAUCUGACUCAAGGAAAAUGGGAAAAGCUGCAGGGUACUGACCUGGAGUGCAGCAGAGACCAAUACAUCAGUUCUCUCAACUCUAAUUUAUUCAUCUGUCCUGUUUUUGGAGUACUUAAAUCAAGAUUAAGUACACUGGGCUGAUGACAAACUAAAAUAAUAGCAGAAAACAGGUCAAACGGGUCAUACCUAUUACACAUUUCAUUGUGAAAAAUCUGAAUGGAAUGAAGUACUCGUGUUGUACAUGUAUAUAUUGUGUUGUAUUUACAUUAAACGGUAUGGAAAUGUUUUUCUAUUCUUUUUAAUAGAGCGCAACAGUCUGGUUCCAGAAUUAAAAAUCCUAUUCAUUUUUUUCCAUAGACAAAUGUAUUUUUAUCUAUAAAUUAUAAACCUUUAAAGAUAGACCUACUAUGAGUUCUGUGGUUGUUAAUCGAUGGUAUAUGCUUCUGUUGAAGCCACCAGUCUGCGUGAAGAACUGAUUUUUAUUUUGAAGAGAGAGAGAGCCAACAAUCAGAGAGUAGCAGGCAGCGGCAAACUAACCGGAGCAAACAAGCUCUGCAGCGACCGUCCACUCCCAUGAUGCACACUCUCAAACUAUGUCUAUAUUUGUAAAUAUAUAAAAAUAUAUUUUUGCAAUAAAAUAACACUUAUUGUUCCUAUUCUAAUCAACUUAAAAUGUAUAGUUUUUAUAUUUUUCGUCAUUUGCGGUGCUUCAUGGGAUUGUAGUUCGUGCCCUCAUUAAGUUUGUACCUUUGUCUUUUUGUCUUAUUUUUAAAUAGCUUUUUCAAAUCAAAGCUUGGUAUUUUUUUAUUAUUCUUGGAGCUUGUUGGUUUGGUUCAUGGCUUAGAACUAUUUUAUAAAGGAUUUUAUGAAAUCCCUAUGGAAAAUAAUUCAUGGAAAAAUACUUCCAGAACCCAGAUGGCUGAAAAAGUGGGCGGCUACUGUUGUGCUCUAUAGUUUGCAACAUUAUUUUAAGGAGAAACAUAAAACAAAUACUUGAAAGUAAAAUGUAAUUACAUUUUAUGAAUUUAUCAAGUUGAUUUGUUUGCAGGGCUGUCUAACAGGGCAGAUAAAUGUCAGAAUUUCUUAAACUGAAGUUGUUGUUAAAACAAACCAGCACUGCAGCGACCCAUCCACACUCAUGACAAACUCUGAAUUAUGCAUUACAGUUGGUUUCCCAACAUUCUUAAUAAAAGCUAUACAUGCAUUAAUAAAUGCUGUAAAACAUAUACUGUUCAUUGUUUGUUCAUGAUACCUAACUAAUCUUAACAAAUGGAACCACAUUGUAAAGUGUUACCAUUAAAAUAUAAUGUUCCUGUACUUAUCAACAAAAAUCUAAAGUUUUAUAUUUUGUCACAUUUUUUAUUCGAUUACAUAAUUCGCAAUGCUUCAUGGGAUUGUAGUUUAUACACUCCUUUAAGACGUUAAGUACACAAUCUUGUGCCUUUGCCUUUUUGUCAGAUUUUCAAAUAUUUUUUGGUUCAAAUAAAAGCUUGUAAUAUUAUGAUUAACCUCGGAUUUUAUGAAAUACCUAUGGCAAUACAUCCAGAAACAAGAUGGCUGAAGAGGUG